AAGCCGCACUGGACGUGAAAACAGGGAAAUUCGUCUUGGAGCUGAAGGAUCUGGUUUAUUCGUACCUCUUCUCGAAAGGGACCAUUUUAUCAAGCUAGCCGCCUAAUUAUAUUUUACGCUUUUAUAUAUUUUCGGACCCCUUGGGCGUACACGCAGAAUCUCUUGCUUAAUUCAAAGCGAGAAUGAGAACAAUUAGAUUGUAUCCCCGGCCCUUAGUGAAUUUUAUUGUUAUCUGCGUCACUUUGUUGGCCAAUAACAUGGCAGUUUUGGGCAUUAACCACAGACCGAAUAUAGUUCUGAUACUUACCGACGAUUUGGAUGUUUCUAUCGGUGGCAUGACUCCUUUAAGCAAAACAAAAAAACUUAUUGGAGAAGCAGGAAUAUCAUUUACAAAUACAUUUGUGGCCAGUGCCCUGUGCUGCCCCAGCCGGGCCAGCAUCCUGACCGGAAAGUACCCCCACAACCACCACGUGAUCAACAACACCCUGGAGGGCAACUGCAGCAGUGUGGCCUGGCAGAAGAGCCAGGAGCCCAACACCUUCCCCGUCCUACUGAAGCAGUACAUGGGCUACCAGACCUUCUUCGCUGGGAAGUACCUUAACGAGUAUGGAUCCACAGAGGCAGGAGGAGUAGAGCACAUCCCUCCAGGCUGGGACUACUGGUUUGCUCUGGAGCGGAACUCAAAGUACUACAACUACACCCUGUCUGUUAAUGGGAAGGCCCAGAAGCACGGGCAGAAUUACAGCGAGGACUACCUGACGGACGUGCUGGCAAACCGGUCCCUGGACUUCCUGCAGUACAAAUCCAACUACAGACCCUUCUUCAUGAUGAUCUCCACGCCCGCCCCCCACGCCCCCUGGACCGCCGCCCCGCAGUACGAGGGCCGCUUCACGGACGUCAAAGCCCCCCGGGACCCCAACUUCAACGUGCACGGCAAGGACAAACACUGGCUUAUAAGGCAAGCUAAGACACCCAUGACAAACUCUUCUGUGCAGUUCCUGGACAACGCUUUCCGAAACCGAUGGCGAACUCUGUUGUCCGUAGAUGACCUGGUUGAGAAAGUGGUGAAGAAGCUGGAGGUGCGGGGAGAGCUGGAGGACACCUACAUCAUCUUCACCUCUGACAACGGCUAUCACACAGGCCAGUUCUCCCUGCCCCUGGACAAGAGGCAGCUCUAUGAGUUUGACAUCAGAGUGCCCCUGCUGGUCAGAGGACCAAACAUCAGUCCCAACCAGACGUCCCAGAUGCUUGUGACCAACGUGGACUUGGGUCCCACCAUCAUGGAUAUCGCCGGCUUUGACGUCAACAAGACCCAGAUGGACGGCGUGUCCUUCCUGCCUCUCAUGACUGGUAAGAGCCAGAACGUCACGUGGAGGACGGACAUGCUGGUGGAGUACGAGGGCGAGGGCCUCAACAUCUCUGACCCCUCCUGCCCUCUCCUGGGCCCUGGAGUCUGGGGGUGCUUCCCGGACUGCGUGUGUGAGGACGCCAUCAACAACACCUACGCCUGUGUGCGGACACUCUCCUCCGCGGCCAACCUGCAGUACUGCGAGUUCGAUGACAACGAGGUGUUUGUGGAGGUGUACAACCUGACGGCAGACCCCUUCCAGCUGACCAACAUAGCCAAGAGCAUUGACCAGGAGGUUCUGGAGAAGAUGAACCACAGGCUAAUGAUGCUGCAGUCCUGUUCGGGACCUUCCUGUCGCACACCAGGGGUCUAUGAUUCACGGUACAAAUUUGAUCCCCGCCUGAUGUUCGGCAGCCGGGGGCCCCGGUUCAGCAGACUCAGACAGGCGCUGAAGUAAGCUGAGGGGUGGAGGGCCAGCCGGUCCCAGCCGGUCCCAGCCACACCCUGUUUCUGGAGCAACGCCCCCGCCAACGGCCCACCCCUGCCACCACACCCCGUGGCCGAGGUGGGCGGAGCCUAACGCAGGGACGGAGGGAUUUCAGACUGAGACAAGGCCAGCCAUCGCCACAGACACUUUCAUUUUUUAAACAUGGUUGCCUUUAUGUGUGACUGACCGCUUUGGGUCUGUAAGGAGUAAGCAGCAGCAGCUAUAACAACUGUCCAAAAAACACAAGAGGUGUGCGUGUGUAAUAUAGGUGUAGUUUAGUGUCCCAGACUCGGUCCUAAAUGUUUUUCUCUUUAAUUCAGAAAUGACAGAAUUUGUUGUUUCUUUUGUAAAAGGUUGAAUUGAUGAUUUGUCUUUAUCUGCCUUUUUAUGGACUUGUCCAAUGUUGACAAGGUUUGUGAGGUAGUUUAGUUUACCGCUUUGUUACACAAAGAAAAAUCAUCCUUAUCAAAGUGCAAUCAGAAUUAAGUUACUAAUAAGACUUCUUGGUUUAUCACAAAUGCACAUAGUAUUAAUUUUAGAGGUUAAUGGUCGCAGCAGGUUUGCCUCUUUCAUGGCUGAAGCAUGUGUUUAUAUGUUGAGAGACCGUUCCCAUUCUGGGGAAAUGUCUCGUAUGAUGAUUCUUUCCAAAGCAGUCUUUUAUGAACCCAAAAUUAUUAACUUCAUGCCUUUUGACAGCUAUUUAUAUUAAACGUUUUAGGCGAGUGACAACACUCGCCUAAAUGACAGUAACAUUUCUCCAUAAGAUGAAUUUCAGUGGUAAUCACGUGAUGUCCUUAUCUACACAGAAAGUGGUGGAAUAAGUGCCUGUUGAAUUGAGGAUGGUAUAUGGACUUGCAACGCUACAGCAUCCAUGUGAGGGUGAAUACAAAUUUAGUAAUCCAGGAAUAUAGAUAAUAACGACAUUAACAAGACAGGCAGAGGCCGCAGCUUAAAUCAUAGAAAACAUUUUAACCUGUGAGAUGCAAAUAAUGUUGUAUUUUAAUUUCUGUAAAUCUGAUGGGCCACAGAAACAAUUGUAUGGGUCACAGUUGAGUGAGAUUUAUGAAGCUCAGAAUGUGAAGGUCUUUUCUGUGAUAUUUGCCAUGAGUGUGAAUAUACAACUUGGGCCUCUAUAGCAAGGUGUGAUGAAUGCACCUGUCAUUUCAAGAUGUCAGCCGUUUUCUGAUCAAAGUUGAAUGCUACCAAAAUGAGAUUAUAAAAUGAAUCAACAAUGCUCAUUCAUAAAGCAUGAAGCCACCUUUUGGUGUUUUUUUUCAAUCUGUUAUUUUUUCACUGCAUAAUUAAAUUGACUAUUUUAGUAUGAACUGUGAAAGGGAACUGGUGGGCGCUAUGGACUGAUUUGAGCAAAAGGGAGAGGUGUGAUCUCGGCUAUGCCUAACUUGGACUGAUUUGUUUGUACAGAGAAACGCACCCCAUCAACAGUCAUGCAGACCCUUUUCUACGUGUAAGGGAAAUCAUCAAUCAUGUUUUACUACACAAGCUGUGAAUUUCAAAUAUAGUUGUCGAUGCUCGAUAGCAACUCUGUGGUCUUUGUCCGAAACACUGCUAGUGAAUUAACGCAAUAUGUUCAUGGGAAAUUGUAGGUAGUAGCUUGUUACCUGCCAUACAUCAUCUGUUACUGACAUUGUCCACCUAUCAUAUCAUUUUGCUUCCUGGCUACUUGUGUGAUUAAACCUAGAGGGAAGGUAACCAUUCAUGAAAACAUUUCAGUGUAGGAAUGCAAAGCUUGUAUAAUAAUUUGUUAUAAUAGAUAUGAGCAAGGGAAAACUAUUCCUCGGUCACAUACACAUUCUGUGAAUACAAACAGCAUAGACUCAGCGUGUCAUUCAAAACAGAACUGCCAAUUCAGCGCACCUUGCUUCUUCAGUCACGAGGAGUCGUGACAAUAGCCGUUUCUUUUCAAACAUGGCUUUGGUCAACCUGAUUGGCUUUUUCCAUGUUAACCUGAGAUUUCAGAAUGUAAAGUAAUCAGGGUUAAAGAUGAGACAGGGUACAGGCACUGAGGAUGGGGAAUCAGGAGGGGUUUUGUGCAUGCAUAUGCAGGGCAUUCUGUUCUCCUUUACUUCAAAUGAUCACACAUCCAAGCUGAGCAGUUGGUCAAUGCACCAUUCUGCAGCAUUUUCUUUUGCACAUUUAUUUUCCUUUUAAGCAAUACUGUUUGUUAGAGAGGGAAAUGUACUUCACUGGUUUGCUGUUUGUUCAAUAAAGACAUUUUGAAGAUC